AUGCCAGGAGGUCGCAGGGGUCCUUCCAGACAGCAGCUAAGUCGCUCUGCUCUGCCCUCCCUGCAGACUCUGGUUGGAGGCAAUCUAAGCAAUGGCACAGGCCUCAGAAACAGGAGCAGUAAUUCAAUGGGUCUGUCUGCCCCGCCUCUCUCGGCCCUCAUCACACCGGAGCCUGUCCGUCACUCAAGGAUCCCUGAGCUGCCACUGGAUAGCAGUCUGCUUUUUGAAUUCCUGCUUUUUUUAUAUUUGCUGGUUGCCUUGUUUGUCCAGUACAUAAACAUCUACAGGACUGUCUGGUGGUACCCCUACAGUCACCCUGCUGCCUCUACCUCGCUUAACUUCCAUCUGAUGGACUACCACCUGGCUAUUUUCAUCACAGUCAUGUUGGCCAGGAGACUUGUCUGGACUAUAGUUUCAGAGGUGUCUCAGAGCAGUGGCGGCUCACUGUUUCGCUACGUGGUCCUGAUUGCAGCCCGACUCAGCCUGCUAACCCUGUGUGGAUGGGUGCUCUGUUGGACCCUGGUCAACCUUUGCAAGAACCACUCUGUCCUCAACCUCCUCUUUCUUGGAUACCCAUUCGGGGUAUACAUCCCACUCUGCUGUUUUCACCAGGAAGGAGGGAGGAGUCAAACAGUGCCAGCUGACUGUGACUACCAAGCUGACCACCAGCAGACCGACUUAACAGAGGCUCCAUACUUUCGUCCUCGGGACUUCCUUUUCCUGUUACGAGAGAACCUCAGGGAGCAGUUGGCCAGCCCACCCGACACACCCACUCACACCUGUCCCCCUCACACACAUUCACACACGCCGGAGCAUAUUCGCGCGGAGGUGGAGGAACUGAAGAGUGACUUCAACCGACGAAUCAAGGAAGUGCUGUUCAACUCUCUGUUUAGCGCUUACUACGUCGCAUUCUUGCCCCUCUGCUUCGUCAAGAGUACCCAGUACUAUGACAUGCGCUGGUCGUGUGAGCAUCUGAUCAUGGUGUGGAUCAAUGCGUUUGUGAUGCUGAUGAGUCAGCUGCUGCCCCCCAGCUACUGUGACCUGCUCCAUCGCUCUGCUGCACACCUGGGGCGCUGGCAAAAACUCGAGCAUGGCUCAUACAGCAAUGCACCACAGCAUGUGUGGUCAGACAGUACUAUAUGGCCGCAGGGGGUGUUGGUACGACACAGUCGUAGUCUAUACAAGGCAGUAGGGCCAUAUAACGUGGCACUGCCAUCUGACGUUUCCCAUGCAAGAUUUUAUUUCCUGUUCCACAAGCCAUUGCGGAUCCUUAACCUGUUGAUCUGGAUUGAGUCCAGUGUGGUCCUGUACCAGUUGUACUCUCUGCUGCGCUCUGAGCGCUGGAACCACACCCUCUCCCUGGGUCUUAUUCUCUUCUGCAACUACUAUGUUCUUUUUAAACUGCUCCGUGAUCGUAUUGUCCUUGGCAAAGCCUACUCCUACCCUCUCUCCUCCAAUAACUUGGGGCUGAAGUCACAGUAGGCUGAAGACCCACCUUUUGCUACCCCAAGCUGAGGAGGA